AUGAAAGUGGGGAAAAUAAAAGUAUUAGAGAACAAAAUGGAAAAAAUGGAAAAAGAGAACAAAAAGAAUAAUGUAAUAAUAACAGGGAUGGAAAUUAAUAACAACAAUGAGGAAGAAAUUAUAACAAAAGCGGAGGAAAUCAUAAAACACCUAAAAGUAGAAGCAAAAAUAAAGAAAACCAAAAGAAUAAAGGGAACAAUGUGCGUAAUAGAAAUGGAAACAUUUCAACAGAAAUUGAAAGUAAUGGAACACAAGUGGAAAUUAAGCAACAUACAAAGUGGGAAGAUAUUUAUCACCAGCGAUCUUACUGAAAGGGAAAGACAGAUACAAAAAGAAAUAAAAGAAAUAAGGGACGAAGAAAAGAAAAAGAACUCUAAUGUAAAAAUGGGAUAUCAGAGGCUGUUUGUGGGGGGAAAGAAAUACAUAUGGAAUAAAGAGAAGAAGUGCCUGGAAGACAAUACAGCGGCCUACGGACCGAACGAAAACGAGAAAAAAAGAAGUAAAAGACAAAUUCUGGGAGGACCUAACAAUUGUUACAGAGGCCAGCACGGGAGAAAUAUUGGUAGCAGGAGGUCUCAAUGCGUAGGUAGAGUAGGAAUAAGGAAGAACGAGACAGAAUUUGUUCUAGGAAGACAUGAUGUAAAGGUUAUGAGAGGAGCAGAGAUAGACAGUGAUCAUUUUCUACUAGUAGGGGAAAUUAAACAACUUAACAAAGAUGGGAAUGAAGGAAAAGACGACUACAGAGCGGAACAACAAGAAAUAUUAAAAGCAUACAGAUUACAAGAACAAAAAGUAGCAGAGAAAUAUGAAGAAGCAAGCAACAGAGAAAUACAAAAAAGACAAGACAACAUGAAAAGUAUGUCGAUCCUACAAAUGUGGCAAGAAAUAAAGAGAACAAUAACAACAGCAGUAAGAGACGUAUGUGGAGUGAGCAAAAUGAAUAGGCAAAACAGAAGAACAGCAUGGUGGUGUGAGGAAAUACAAAACCAAAUAGAAAUGAAAAAGAAGAGGUGGAAAGGAUAUCUGACAAAAAGACUAGAAGAAAAAUACAAUAAAUACAAGCAACAAAGAAAUAUAGUAAAGAACAUGGUGAAGGAAGCCAAAAACAAAUCCUGGCAAGAAUUUGGAGAAAAACUUGAAACUAACCAACCUGAAAGUUUUCUAUAA